GCGCUCAGCAGCUGUGCAGCCUCGGUCUCGCUCACCAUCAGACAACGGGAGUCAGCGGCGCCGAGCACACACACACAUUCACACUCUUUCCCACUACACGGUGAAACGCUGCGUUUAGGACGCCUUGUGACAGCGAAACGACAUGGGGGACCGAGUGGCUUUGCUGCUGCUGACUGUGGUGGCCUCGGCUCUGUGUGUCGAGGUGCCUACAGAUGUUUCUAUGGGUCUGCUGGCGGAGCCCCAGGUGGCCAUGUUCUGCGGUAAACUGAACAUGCACGUCAACGUGCAGAGCGGCAAGUGGGAGUCGGACCCCUCAGGCACAAAGAGCUGCAUUGGCACCAAGGAGGGCAUCCUGCAGUACUGCCAGGAGGUGUACCCAGAGCUGCAGAUUACCAAUGUGGUGGAGGCCAACCAGCCGGUCAGCAUCCAGAACUGGUGCAAGAAGGGCCGCAAGCAGUGUCGCAGUCACAUGCACAUCGUUGUGCCUUACCGCUGCCUGGUGGGCGAGUUUGUGAGCGACGCCUUGCUCGUCCCUGACAAGUGUAAGUUCCUGCAUCAGGAGCGCAUGGACCAGUGUGAGAGCCACCUGCACUGGCACACCGUGGCCAAGGAGUCCUGCGGCGACCGCAGCAUGAAUCUCCAUGACUAUGGGAUGCUGUUGCCAUGCGGCAUUGACCGUUUCCGAGGGGUGGAGUUUGUGUGCUGCCCAUCAGAGGCGGAGCGUGACACUGACAGCGCCGAGCAGGACGACGACGACUCUGACGUCUGGUGGGGAGGAGCGGAGGCCGACUACUCUGACAACAGUAUGGUGCGGGAGCCAGAGCCCGUGGAGCAGCAAGAGGAAAUCCGGCCAUCUGUGGUAGAGGACGAGGAAGCAGAGGAGGAGGAAGAGGAGGUGGCCGAGGAGGAGGAAGAGGAGGAGGAGGUUCUAGAUAACGACCAGGACGGAGACGGCGAGGAGGACGAAGACGUGGUGGAAGAGGAAGAGGAGGAAGAAGGGGAGGAAGACGAUGACAUCAUCGACACGUUCAAUGAUGGGGAUGACGCCGAUGAGCCUACCACCAAUGUUGCCAUGACGACUACCACGACCACCACCACGGAGUCCGUGGAGGAGGUUGUCAGGGAGGUGUGCUGGGCCAGUGCGGAGACCGGUCCGUGCCGGGCCAUGCUGCCCCGCUGGUACUUUGACCGACAGGAGGGCCGCUGCGCCCAGUUUAUCUACGGCGGCUGCGGAGGCAACAGGAAUAACUUUGAGUCGGAGGAGUACUGUCUGUCUGUCUGCAGCAGUGUCCUACCCACAGCCACGCCCAGCCCCCCCGACGCAGUGGACCACUACCUGGAGACGCCUGGCGACGAGAACGAGCACGCCCACUUCCAGAAGGCCAAGGAGAGCCUGGAGGCCAAGCACCGUGAGAGGAUGUCCCAGGUGAUGAGGGAGUGGGAGGAGGCCGAGAGGGAGGCCAAGAGUCUGCCGCGCGCUGACAAGAAGGCUGUCAUCCAGCGUUUCCAGGAGAAGGUGGAGGCUCUGGAGCAGGAGGCGGCCAGCGAGCGGCAGCAGCUGGUGGAGACGCACAUGGCGCGGGUGGAGGCUCUGCUCAACGACCGCCGCCGCCUGGCGCUGGAGAGCUACCUGACCGCCCUGCAGCAGGACCCGCCCCGGCCCCGUCACGUCUUCAGCCUGUUGAAGAAGUAUGUGCGUGCCGAGCAGAAAGACAGGCAGCACACCCUCAAACACUUCGAACACGUCCGCAUGGUCGAUCCCAAGAAGGCGGCGCAGAUCAGACCUCAGGUGCUGACCCACCUGCGUGUCAUCGAGGAGCGUAUGAACCAGUCACUGGGGCUUCUCUACAAGGUUCCUGGUGUGGCCGAUGAUAUCCAGGACCAAGUCGAGCUCCUGCAGAGGGAGCAAGCUGAGAUGGCCCAGCAGCUGGCCAACCUGCAGACCGACGUGAGGGUGAGCUACGGCAACGACGCCCUGAUGCCUGACCAGGAGCUGGGAGACGGCCAGACCGGCAGCCUGGAUCUGCUGCCCCAGGAGGAGACUCUGAGCCUGGGGGGAGUCGGCUUCAUCCACCCUGAGAGCUUCAACCAGCCCAACACUCAGAACCAAGUUGAGCCUGUGGACUCUCGUCCCAACCCAGAGAGAGGCCUUCCCACACGGCCAGUGACUGGAAUGAAGAUGGAAGCUAUUCCUGAGCUGCGGAUGGAGACGGAGGAUAGACAGAGCACUGAAUAUGAAGUUCACCACCAGAAACUGGUCUUCUUUGCAGAGGACGUGGGCUCCAACAAGGGCGCCAUCAUCGGCCUGAUGGUUGGAGGUGUCGUCAUAGCAACCGUCAUCGUCAUCACCUUGGUGAUGCUGAGGAAGAAGCAGUACACCUCCAUCCAUCACGGAGUCAUCGAGGUCGACGCUGCUGUCACCCCGGAGGAGCGCCACCUGUCGAAGAUGCAGCAGAACGGCUAUGAAAACCCCACCUACAAGUUCUUUGAGCAGAUGCAGAACUGAGGAGAAUAUCACAUAUACACACAAACACACACACGCACACAUACACACACUCACACACACACAUACACAUAUCUCCUCCCACACAUUGACAACCCUCCCCACACCAUCCUCCAUCCCUCCAUCCUCCAUCCCCCUCAACCAGUCCCACCUCUCCAAAGGCAGCGUGGCUUACACCAAUGAGUAGCUGAAAUAAUCGGUUACGAGCAUAUGGAGAAAAUCAAGCCGGGGUUUCUUUCUCUCAGCCUGGGCGGAGACUGCAGCCGAGCCUGUUCGCACCACGUGUGUUCAGUUUGUUGAAACCGGAGAAAAGGGUUUUGUAGAACUUUCCGUCUGGGCCGGCUGAAAUGCAGAAGUAAAUAAAUAACGAAUAAAGGCCCCGCCCAGUGCCUCGAAACAAACCCACCCACAGGGUAAAGGUGUCCUCUCCACUCUGAUCCAUGGUCAGUGUGAAGUGUUUUUAUUUGGCUUGGGAUGAUUUGAAAGUGUGCACAUGUAUGAAAAUCUGACUGUGGGUUGGCGCUGCAGGAGACGCCCCAUCUCAUCUCGCUCCCCCUGGGCCUCAUUUACCAAAAAAAAGAAAAGAAAAAAUGGGUUGCAAGCACAAUUUGUGCUUACCACCAAAUCCAAGCUAAAGGUGCGAUUAAUCAGGAAGCCGUCUUCAUGUCUAAAUCUGAGGGUUUAUGAUGAUCUUUUCCAACAUUGAAUCAGAAGCUAAAAAUAGUUUUCAUCAUCGCCUGAGGUGUGGAUGUUACAGACAUCAUUAUUUGUUUUUUAUUGCAUUUGAAAUAAUUACAUGAUGAAAUGUGGGAUAAAGUCAGUUUUUUAAUUAAAUGAGGCCCAGCACACACACUCCCCUCCCUCCCUCCCCUCCCUCCCCUCCUCCCCACCCCCAAUGCAGCACUACUGCACUCACUCUACAGUCUACACUGGAGUAUAAAGUGAGCCUCCUCUCCCUCCUCCUCCUCCUCCUCCUCCUCCUCCUCAUCCCUCCUCCCAUCCUCUUUCUUUGUGCAUUCUUACGACAGCUGGGCUGUGUUAAGUAACACGAGGCUCUUAAGGAUAUAUGGAGACGCCGCUGAUGAUAAUGACAAUGUUGGUGAUGAUAAUAACGAUGAAGAAGACCAUUAGAAAAUUAUGUAUUCUGAAUGAGCUGUUUUUAUUUUAGAGUUUUCUCUAUCGUUUCCAGUUUUGUUUUACAAAAAAGAAUGAAAACGGCGGAAAAAAAAAAAGACAACCGAUGUAAAGUCCUUUUUUUAAAUUGCGUGUAAUGUACUAAAGUUAAUGCUGAAACCUUAGCUGUUCCUAUGUAGUGCAUGAUGACGACAACAAUGACAACAGGAUUUGUAAAAAGAAAAAAAAAAGAACCAGAUCUUUACGCUGCUCCUGAGAGAUCCUUUCUCACGUAUAGAUUGUCAUUCUAGCAAGAUUGUACAUUUAGUAUCUUCUCGUGAUCACGUGACUUCAAAUGAUAAUGAAAAAUAUAUAUGAAUCUAGAUGAAUGGGCUCUGCUUUGAUAUCAUGUUAAUACACUUUAAGAGAGAUCUGUGCUUUUGGAAUUUAAAGUGUGUUCCUCUUUUUAUUUUUUAUUAUUUUAUUUUCUUUCUCUUUGUUUGUUACCAUGCUACUACGUUCCUGAAGCUACAGGAGGGGGGCUGGCUUGAUCCCUAUUUGUAUAUUAUUCUUCCUCCCUGAAACGUAUUGUGUUGAAAAUCCUUAUGCGUAUGCCAACUUUUGUGUAGAGGCUGUUGAAAAUCACUCUUAUUUAAAUUUUGUCCGCUUUUUUUUCUUCUUUUCCAUUCACAUUACUGUGUGUGGUUUUUUUUGUUGUUUUUUUUUUAAAGGGCCUGUUAUGGGACGGCCCGUUUAAGGAUAUAAGGACGGGUCAUUUUGAUGGGGUCAGGGUGGGUUAGGAUGAACAGUUCUGUGUGUACGUGUUCGUUGGUUUAUUCAGUCUCGUUUCGUCCAAAUUUGCAGAAGUUAAACCUCGUCGAGUUUUUGGUCCAUUUACAGAAAAAAAAAAUCACACAAAUGGGUUUUUUAAUUUUAUCGCACCCUGCUCCUCGGUCUCACUUUCUAAUCACUGUAGCGUCUGCAGCUAGAACAGGUGGAGCGAGGGGAGGAGGAGGAAGGAAAGGAGGGCGAGCUCGAGAGGAAAUGACUUGCAGUUCCGGAUGGAUAGUCAGGCAUGCAGGCAGGCAGUCUGUAUAUAAUGGAUUUUCACUUCCCCACCUCCCUCCCCUCCUUUCCCUCCCCCUCAGGCAUGCUGCUCACCUCUCUGCCAUCAACGCACACCGACUCCUCAGAGGCAGAGCACUGUAGUCUGUAUAUAGACGAUACCGUAGGCAUUCACCAGUGAGAGGGAAAGGGAGCAAAUCUUAGUCAGUGGUAAUAAAAGUGGAAGAAUCCCUCAACAUCAGCGAGGAUCUAGGUCGGUUUAUUCAUCACUGUGUCAACGCUGCAUCGAAAGAAAAAAAAAAAAAAAACAUUGUGACCUCCCACCUUGUUUGAGUAUCUGUCUGUGAUGCAUAAAACCUGUGAGUGAACACACACACACUUUUUGGAGUGAAUUCUAUCUCUUGAGGCUGCAGUGGGGUGGGUCCUGCGCCUUGCUCAUCAGAAGCUCAACAGAGGGCAGCAGAGUAGAAGAGGAAGCAGGAUUUUCUUUCUAUAAUUUUUUUUUUUCCGGUGGCUUAUGUUUUCUUCUUCUUCUUCUUCCACUGUGUAAUAUUGUGCAGGCCAUUUGCAUUGACUGGGAAAAAACGCUUUCUACACUGUAUUCCAUAAUAAAGUUUUGAAUGUACAUACAGA